GACUAAUUUCCAUGCGAUACCUCACCACAUCACACGGAACUAUGAGCGCUGCACUGCUACUGAUCAGCGUUAUUGGCCUAUGCCUCGCUGGCAUAUGUCAGGCCUACAACGAGGACCCGUGUAAGCGGCUAGGUGGCUAUUGCACGAAAAGUAGCUGGUGUCAGAGCACGCCCGUACCGAGCCAGUGCCCGACCCAGGGGAGCGAUAUCUUGUGCUGUCACGGAGUAUAUCAAGAGGAAGACUGCGACGCACGGGGUGGUACAUGUAAGGAGAAAAACAGUUGUAGUGGGACGGCGGUUAGUCGGCUCUGUCCAACACAGGGCAGUAGCAUAAAGUGCUGCGUUUCAGGUAUAAAAAAAGCGUAAAACGGGUAUAAAUACCUUACAUAAUUAUGAAAAGCCA